CUAUUCACUACGUCGUCGUCGUCGUCGCAGAGCCUACUAACAACAAAUCAUAGAGAUCGAGACGGACAUAGUCACUGUCUUGGUCUUCGUGGCUGCUUGCCAGUCUUACUCAGUAAGUAUAUCGAAGGACUUUCCCACUUCCUUGACCAAAUAUUUCAGUCUGGCUGAGAUUUCGAGUGGGUCUCAGACUUUGUCACAAAAUGGGUUCAGACUUUGCAACAUGUACUCACGGGCUACCACUCUUCCACCAUGACUGCGUUUCCUCCAGAGCUCGUAGAGAUAAUCGUACAUGAAAUAUGGUACUCCGAUAUGCCGUCUUACAUCCGGAAAUCGUUCAUGACUACUUGCCCCCGGAUUAACCGGAUGUGGAAAGCUGUCUAUGCCCCUAUCGCUUCUCGGGACAUGUAUAUCACCAACCUCGCUUUUCUGGACUAUUUAUGUGACAUAGCACAUCGCCGAAAAUCUAUCAUCUAUCGCAACCUCAUCCCCCGGCUUACCCAUACUAUUACCUGCUUCGUCGACCUCCAAGAAGACGAAAGGAAGCUUGAAGGAGCAGUGAAAGAGGUAUAUCGUUAUCUCAUGGGGCUACCCAAUAUCCGUGGUUUCGAUGCUCUGUUUCCUCUCGUUCCAUACAUAUCCUUCGAGCUCAUUUGGAUCGGCAUUGGGCGGUCUUCACGUUUACGGUUUCUCCGUGGCAUUCCCAUUCGCGCCCGUUACGACCGAUACCUGUCUAAUGCCUUCUCUCCUGACUGCCCACGCUGGAGGACACUAAUGGACGUAUACAUUGCCAUGAACGACCCAGAUCCUUCAGCGGUCAUACGCGACUCGAUCUGGUCUGACGCGUUGUGCGAAUUGCGCAAUGUCGGUGUCCCUGAAUUCCUCUUUGGGAUUGUUGUAGCAUCCCCGGGACCGUAUGAUAUGUUCGUAACCGAUGGUGUCCGACACUUCGGUCAAACCGCGUAUAUAGCUGAGAAAAAUCUUCAAGACUACGAUCCGAGGAAUAUCAAUAAGCGCUUGUGGAUGGCUUCCAACAAACGUCACAUUCUAGCGUUGAGGUGCUUCACUAGCAUCUCCCAUCGUUGGGAAUAUAGACGCGUGCAGUUUCCUAUGCCUUAUAUCAGGAGGCCUAGUCUAAUGUUCCUCCUCGAACAACUGGUCUGAAGAAAUACUCCACUAAUUUCAGUAUGGGAACUGCUUGUACAUAUAUGCCAUUUGGACGUUUGCCAUUGCUAGAUCCACAUCGAUUCUCGACUACCUGAUAUCUAUUACUUAUCGGUCGGUGAGCAGAUCUUUGUUUUCAGUCCGUUUUGCAUAAAAGCUGCGUGGAUGUUUGCUCCAAGUAGGUUAUCUGGCCCAGUUACAUAGACGCGAAUGCAAUUGAUGGAAUACAAAUGAAAUAUGUCCGUAUACUAAUGACUACAAGUGAUGAAAGCAGCAAGAUAAAGACAGAUAAGAAAAGGAUAGCUGGAAGCAGCCUCUACCGAUCAAGGCAUCUUGAGAAGGAAUUUUGUAUAGCAACUCUCUUCAUGAUAGUAGGUUC